UUUUUCCUCUUCAAGACCAGUCUAACAGAGCAAAAGCGACCUAGGUUCCCGAUCAGAGAGACUAAGAUGGCGACCCUGGAUUCCGACGUGCCGAUGGUUCCCGCAGGCGAGGCCUCUGGCAGUGCUGCUCCUUCUUGCUCCUCUAAGAAGCCCAAGCGCUUCGAGAUUAAGAAGUGGAGCGCUGUCUCUCUCUGGGCCUGGGACAUUGUUGUCGACAAUUGUGCUAUCUGCAGGAAUCAUAUUAUGGAUCUUUGCAUUGAGUGCCAAGCAAAUCAGGCGAGCGCCACUAGUGAGGAAUGCACAGUUGCUUGGGGAGUUUGCAACCAUGCAUUCCAUUUUCAUUGCAUCAGCCGAUGGCUCAAAACUCGCCAAGUGUGUCCGCUGGAUAACAGCGAGUGGGAGUUUCAGAAGUAUGGGCAUUAGAGUGUGUGAACAAUUUAACAAAGUGUAAUUUCUUAUGAAGGGGCUGGGCCUUUUCACACUGCCAAAGUAGAAUGUCUAAACUCCUUUUAUUAUGUGUCCAGCACAAUAGAUUUUGUUAUUUAAUGGAUAUUUUAUCUGUGAAUGUUUUAUUAGCUUUUGUGGAAAUGAAGAUGAGGCCCUAUCUACUU